CUUCUACAUGGUUGAGUGUUAGGUGGUUACCUUAAUGUGGGGUGAGUUAUACAUACUUUGCAUGCAUAUUGAGUUUGCAGUACAAGUUUGGUUAGCUUUGUGAACAAAGAUGUAUAGAUAGGUUUAAAUUUUGAGUUCUUUUAUGGUAAGCUGCUAGGUCUACAUGUAUGGUAUAGUUGUAGGUUAUCAAUUUCUAAAAGUUUGGUUUAAUAUAUAUGUUUGGUAACCAUUAUUUUGAAUCAUGGGAUAUGUGUUUAAUAGCAUAUUUGGUUUAGCAUAUUUGUGCCUUGGAUUGUAGGUCAGAAACUUGUGGUUAACGGAGCCAAUGUACAUGUACUUGCCAUUACUUUUGUACUUACAUUACAUUUUUCAAUGGUUUAAGUCAUUACUGAAUGACAUAAAAUUUUUGAUGUAUUAUAAAUUUAGGUUUGAUGGUGUGAUUCCAAUUGUUAAAAGGCAUGAAUAGGCACAAAUAAAUCCAAAAAUUUUAAUCUCUGUUCACACAUUGGAAGGACUCACUGGGGUUUAGGAUAAAGUUCAAGUUGGGUUUUAGAUCCUGUAGGAAUUUACUGUUAUUGAUAAGGCAAUGUAUCAAGAAUAAGGGUUGGUUACAUUAAGUCAUAGAAAACUUCAGCUGUAGGGUACAGUUUUUUACAGCAUGAUGCCUAGACCAAAAGUUGGUGUGAAAAGAAAAAGAGCUGGUUCGGCGGAAAGAAAAGGAGCAAAGUCCAAAAAAGAUCAGAGCUCUGAUCAUCAGGAGGAAACUUUGGUAGAGAGAGUAACACAGGCGGUGUUGGAAGCAUUAGAGGACAGAGCUGUCCCCGCCAUUCCAGACAGGAGCGAGUCCCCCCAGAGUUUGGAUGGUGAGUCUGAUUCAGAGAUUACAUUUAAAGAGAUAGAAAGGUCAAAUGAUGAGUAUGCUUCCAGUGAGGCAAUAGAUACUUUUACUUGGUCAACCCCUAUUUCGGCUAUGGUUCCUCAGAAGUUGAAACAGAAAAUAUGGGAGGAUCAGUUUAUUGAUCUCGCGGUACUGCUCCCUAAUAACUUGGUUCCUGGUCCAGAGAGUAGCAACUAUACAUUUAAACUCGAGAAGAAUGACAACAUAUCGGUAGUACCAAAAAAGGCAAAACAGUCUAUUAACUCCAUUUUUCAAUGGACGACAGCUUUCUUGCGCUUUGUUGCCAUAUAUGCUGAGAAAUUUCCAAAUGUAACACCAAAUCUCAUAAAACAUGCAGAGACAGUACGUGACAUGGCUGCAUCGGGAAAUGUGUCAUGGCAAACAUAUGAUAAGCAAAUAAGAAUGGAUAGACAGAUAAGGGGUACUCCAUGGGGUAAAAUUAAUGUAGAGUUCAUGCUGCAGGCCCAGAGAUCCAGACAAGAAAACAAGCAGUCCUUUCGUUCCUUUCGUACAAGGCCUGGACAAAGAUCAGCUUUUACAAACCAAUUACCAAGAGGUAUCUGCUGGUCUUACAAUAGAGAGGGAGGAUGCAAGCUUGAGCGCUGCAAAUUUCAGCACAUCUGUACAGAAUGUAAGAAAAACCACCCUAAAACAAAAUGCAGAACCCAAGCAGUCGUUAAGAACCAAAGUGUCAACUCCUCUUUGGGAACAACAAAACAACAAUAAAAUUGUAACCCCAGUAAGACCCGAAGU